UUAUAAUUGACAACUUGCCCGCCACUUCAAAUAUUUGUAAAUUUAAAAAUGUUACCUAAUUUUGUUUAAAAUCAAAUUUAAUGAAAUCUUAAAGAGAAAUUUAUUAUUAUUUCAAAGAACCUUUAUUAUUUUACUGCGUCAAAUUCAUAGCAGCAUCAGGCAACAUAAACAUAACUGUCAUAAAAAAGUCCAAGUCAUCAUUAAAAUACUCAUCAUAAAGAAGCAUUUAAAAUGACUGCUAGUGCUUCUGCGAGGCCCAUAGUAAAGGAAGAGUACGAAGAAGAUAAAGAAAUGCAAAACGAACUAAAACUUCUAGUGGACAAAAUUACUGGAACUGAUGUUAAACUUAUACCCUCGGCUUUAGAAAUGUUGAAAUAUUUGAUAAGAACAUCUACAACUUCAAUGACGUCUGUACCAAAGCCACUAAAGUAUUUGGCACCCAGUUAUAAUCUUCUCAAAGAGAGUCACAAAAAUAUGGCAAAGGGUAAUAUAAAAAAUAGUUUAGCUGAUGUUAUCUCGGUACUUGCAAUGGGUACGGGAGGUGGAGAAGAAGCCAGAAGAAAUAAGGAGUGCUUAAAAUAUUGUCUUUUAGGUACUAUGAAGGACAUCGGCGACUGGGGCCAUGAAUAUAUUCGACAAUUGGAAUCUGAAAUAGUACAGCAGUGGUCUGAAAAUGAUUGCGAAGUUAGCGAAAACAUGUUGAUGCCUCUUAUCCACGACAUAAUUCAGUUUAAUUGCACUCAUCACGCCGAAAUUCAAGCUUGCGAUUUAUUGAUGGAAAUAGACAAUUUACAAUGGUUGGGGAAUUAUAUUGCUUCCAAUACUUAUCAAAGAAUGUGCUACUAUUUAAUCUCGUGCUCGAAAUAUGUCGACGAUACCGAAAGAUCCAAAAUAAUGCAAUUAGCCUUUGACCAGUAUAUUAAAUUUGGGGAGUACUCCAAAUCUCUUAUAAUAGCUCUACAAAUGAACAAUGACGAACUUGUAAACCAAGUAUUUAAAAAAUGCCGAGACAAGCUUAUUUUAUACCAGUUAGCUUUUAUAUGCGCUAGGCAUUUAUAUCCUUUAGAAUUCGAUCAGAAAAUACCUGAAUGUGAGGAAAUAAAUAAUAUUGCCAGUAAUAGUCACUUAAACGCAUACUUCUUGUCUUUGGCAAGAGAGUUAGAUAUCAUGGAACCAAAAUUACCAGAAGAUGUGUACAAAACUUGGCUAGAACCUUUGCCACCAAGAUUGCAAAUAUUGGGCGAAAAUAUGGAUAGCGCCAGGCAAAAUUUGGCAUCAUCCUUUGUAAACGGUUUCGUUAACGCUGCUUUUGGGACCGAUAAGCUUCUAUCAAAUGAUUCUGGUAACAAAUGGAUUUAUAGAAAUAAAGAACAUGGGAUGCUGAGCGCUACCGCCUCGCUUGGUCUUAUACAUUUAUGGGACGUGGAUGGUGGUUUAACACCCAUCGAUAAAUAUUUGUAUUCUACAGAAGAUUAUAUUAAAUCGGGUGCACUACUGGCCUUAGGAAUUGUAAACUGUAGAGUAAAAAACGAAUGCGACCCAGCUCUAGCGUUAUUAUGCGACUAUGUCAAUAUAAAUAAUGAGGUCCUCCAAAUUGGAGCUAUCCUAGGUAUUGGUCUGGCUUAUGCAGGAAGUCAACGUGAUGAUGUGCUAGGUUUGAUUCUACCUGCCCUAAAUGUUUCAAAGUCCUUGGAAGUUCUGGCUGUUACUAGUUUGGCAUGUGGAUUGAUAUCUUUAGGUACCAAUGAUAAUGAAGUACCAACAAACAUACUGAACGUUAUGAUAGAGAAACAUACAUCCGAUCCAGAAUGUUUAAAGUCGGUUUAUAUGAAACUAAUGGGAUUAGGGGUAGCUUUAUGUUAUUUCGGAGCAAGAGAUGCUAUUGAUGUUUCUUGUAAUGCUAUGGAGGUUUUUCCAGAGCCAUUUAAAAGCGCCGUCCAGACCAUGUUGUUGAUGUGUUCGUAUGCCGGUACUGGAGAUGUUUUAAUAAUUCAGGAACUUUUGGGAAUGGUAGGUGAAAAACUUGAACCGACUGAACAAGAAAAACCAGUUAAAGAAACGCCUAAGCUCAAAGAAAUUCCAAAAGGCAAAAGUAAGAAAAUUCCUGAUUGGGAUUAUGGUAUGGGCCAAGCUGUAGCUGCUCUGGCUGUAGCUUCAGCGUCAUUUGGUGAAGAAAUAGGUAUGGAGAUGGUUCAAAGGAUAUUUGGUCAUAUGGGAAAAUACGGCGAACCCUCGGUAAGAAAAGCCGUACCACUCGCCAUAGCUCUAUCAUCUAUUUCAAAUCCUCAAUUGCCGGUCUUGGACGUUUUAACUAAGUAUUCUCAUGAUUCUGACGACGAAGUAGCUUGUAAUGCCAUUAUUGGAUUGGGUUUAAUUGGUUCAGGUACUAAUAACGCCCGAUUGUCUUCUGGUCUAAGACAGUUAGCAGUUUUCCAUGCCAAAAAUCCCUCGCAAUUAUUUAUGGUUCGUAUAGCCCAGGGGCUGGUACACAUGGGUAAAGGAACUGUCACUUUAAACCCCUUACACACCGAUAGAAUGUUAUUAGACCCAGUUGGAAUGGCUGGGCUAUUGAUCAUUGCUGUAUCACUGCUUGAUCCAUUUUCAUUGAUAUUGGGCAAAUCGCAUUAUUUGCUUUAUUGUCUUGCUGUGUCUAUUCAGCCCAGAUGGUUACUUACUUUAGAUGAAAAACUUGAAGUCGUUACAACUACUGUGAGGGUGGGUCAAGCUGUCGACGUUGUUGGAAAAGCAGGUACCCCCAAAACAAUAGCAGGUAUACACACUCACACAACUCCAGUUUUAUUGGCAGUUGCAGAAAGAGCAGAGUUAGCAACUGAUCAGUUUGCACAUUUUGCACCAACGCUGGACGGAAUUUGUGUUUUAAAAAAGGAAGCGAAUGUUGCAUCUUAAUAGAUUUUUUAAAGG